CAACGUUUUGUUUCGGUGUUGAUUACACUCCCCUGAGCUAGGCAGGGCCUUGCCUCUGAUGGGAGUUUAGGGUGCGUUACAAUACUUUAACCUAUCCCUUUUUCAGUCUUCUAGGUCCAACUUGUAUUACUUGAGUAAACCAUGGCAGACGACGAAUUGGAGGCAAUUAGGCGGCAAAGAAUGGCGGAGCUGCAAGCAAAGCACGGGGAUGCUUCAAAUAACCAGCAAGGAGAAGAGGCCAAACAAAGAGAAAAAGACAUGAGGAACUCUAUAUUGGCUCAAGUUCUCGACCAAUCUGCCCGUGCCAGAUUGAGCAAUCUUGCUUUGGUGAAGCCAGAGAAGGCCAAUGCAGUUGAAAACUAUCUCAUUCAAAUGGCUCGUUUUGGACAACUAGGAGGAAAGAUUUCGGAGUCGGGCUUGAUCGAGAUUCUGGAAAAAGUCAGUCAACAAACAGACAAGAAGACAACUGUCACAUUCAACAGACGGAGGGUGAUGGACUCAGAUGAUGAGGAUGAUUACUAACCUUCAGCUUGAGCCCUGGAAUGAAAUCAGGAGAUGAUAUGCUUUACUGGGACUCUAAUAUCAUCUUUCACAAGAUGAAUUAUGGGAUGCCACACUAGCUUCUGGGUGUCUCUGGAAAUUACUUCCUUACCAAGAGGGAAGAACAACAAAGUGGAGUCGACACUGUGGCGUAAGUGGUGGGGAAUAAGGUGUUGUGUUGCCAUUAAAUUGUUCACUGCUUGUGUUGUACCCCUCACAGCUCAUGAUACUGUGUGACUCCUCUACUCCCUCUCAGUAGUUACUCCUUUUUUAUAUUUUCACCAUGAUUGAGUUCUGUUCUACAAACACAAGAAUCAAGAUAAAAUACAUAAUGUACUGUUGGUGGUGCAUUUUAUGAAUACAAUACACUGUUCAUUGUUCAGGGCCAGCAUCCAAUAGGCAUUGGAUGUUGUGCUGGGUUAUUUGCAGUUUGCUGAAGUGUAUCUCAAAGGUUUACAUAAAAAUAAA